AUGUCAAACGACGACGAUGGUGAUCACGACAAUAACGGUAUUGGUGAAAGUGAUAAUAUAAAACCAAAAAGUAAACAAGAAUUAAUUGAAAUUAUAAAAAGAAUUGGUGCAAAAUAUGAAGAACAUGUUGGACCUGACACAACUCAUUUAAUAUGUAAUGCACAAGGUGGUAUUGAGUAUCAACGAGCAAUUGAAGGUAAUAUACCAAUCGUGAAACCUGAAUGGUUGGUUGCUUGUGAAAAAGCUGGUAAAAUACUAGCUUCACCUUACUAUCUUAUACCACAAUCAGAAUUAAUUGAAAUUAUAAAAAGAAUUGGUGCAAAAUAUGAAGAACAUGUUGGACCUGACACAACUCAUUUAAUAUGUAAUGCACAAGGUGGUAUUGAGUAUCAACGAGCAAUUGAAGGUAAUAUACCAAUCGUGAAACCUGAAUGGUUGGUUGCUUGUGAAAAAGCUGGUAAAAUACUAGCUUCACCUUACUAUCUUAUACCACAAUCAGUUUUGGGGUAG